AUGUCAGGACCAAGGCCCCUGGUGCUGAGUGGCCCCUCUGGAGCAGGGAAGAGCACUCUGAUGAAGAAGUUGAUGAAGGAUCAUGAGGGCAUCUUUGGAUUCAGCGUGUCACACACAACAAGAAACCCUCGACCAGGAGAGGAGGAUGGAAAAGGCCUGAACAAGCUCCCCAUGCUUCUGGGGGCUACUUUACUGCCCGUAGCAGCCGUCUUAUCCUCUGAAGACUUAGAAAAGUCAGCCUCAUUAUCGUGUCCAAAUGAAUCAGAAACCACAGAUAAAGACUACCACUACACGACGAGAGAGGCCAUGCAGGAGGCAAUUGACAACGGAGAGUUCAUCGAAAACGCUGAGUUUUCUGGCAACAUGUAUGGAACAAGUAAAGCUGCCAUCGAAGACGUGCUGGCCAAGAACCUAAUCUGCAUCUUAGAUGUGGACAUCCAGGGAGUGAAGAGGAUUAAAGAGACUGACCUAAACCCCAUCUACAUCUCCAUCCAGCCUCCCUCCAUGGAGAUCCUGGAAAAACGUCUGAGGGACAGACAGACAGAAACAGAGGAGAGUUUACAGAAACGGCUGGAGGCGGCACGCAUGGAUAUGGAGCUCAGCAACGAGCCCGGAGUGUUUGAUGUUGUUAUCAUCAAUGAUGACUUAGAGAGGGCUUACGAGGAGCUGAAAGACAUCCUCAGCGAUGAAAUCCAAAAAGUCAAGGAGGCCAAAUCAUAAGAAGCAAACAGCCUUUCUGCUGCUGGACAGAAGCGCCAACACACCCUGC